UCUCAGAUUCCUGUGACAGCCCCAGGUCAAAACAGCUGCCAGGCUUACCUGCACCUCCCAUUCCUGGCCUCGGCCUCCAGGCAACUGGCCUGGCCUGCGUCCUCAGAGGAGCCAUGGAGCCCACAGGAAAAUCUAAGUGCUGCUCCCUUCGACCUCUGACCUUUUUUCUGAUCACCGUCCUCCUGGUCUUCUUUGGCAUGGGGGUCCUGAGCCCAAGAAUCCCGAUGCUGGAGACCAGACCAGAAGGUGAAGGCGAGGCCGCUAGAAAACCGACGGAGAUGCAAGUUGUGAAAUUACCGAGGAUGGUUUAUCCGCAGCCCGUGGUGCUGACGCCCUCGAGGAAAGACGUCCUGGUCCUGACCCCGUGGCUGGCGCCCAUCGUCUGGGAGGGGACCUUCAACAUUGACAUCCUGAACGAGCAGUUCCGGCUCCAGAACGUCACGGUCGGGCUCACCGUGUUUGCCAUCAAGAAGUACGUGGUCUUCCUGCAGCUCUUCCUGGAGACAGCGGAGCAGCACUUCAUGGUGGGGCACAGAGUCCACUACUACGUCUUCACUGACCGGCCGGCCGACGUGCCCAGCGUGGCGCUGGGGGAGGGCCGCCGCCUGGUGGUGCUCGAGGUCCAGGGCGCCGCGCGCUGGCAGGACAUUUCCAUGAGCCGCAUGCAGAUGAUCAGCGACUUCUGUGAGCGGCGCUUCCGGUGGGAGGUGGACUUUCUGAUGUGCGUGGACGUGGACAUGCGCUUCAGCGACCACGUGGGCGUGGAGAUCCUGUCCCCGCUUUUCGGCACCCUGCACCCCGGCUUCUACAGGGCGGCCCGCCAGGCCUUCAGCUAUGAGCGCCGGCCGCAGUCCCAGGCCUACAUCCCCCCGGACCAGGGCGACUUCUACUACAUGGGGGCGCUCUUCGGGGGGUCGGUGGCCGAGGUUCAGCGGCUCACCAAGGCCUGUCACCAGGCCAUGAUGGCCGACCGCGCCAAUGGCAUCGAGGCCGUUUGGCACGACGAGAGCCACCUGAACCGGUACCUGCUGGACCACAAGCCCACCAAGGUGCUGUCCCCGGAGUACCUGUGGGACGAGCAGCUGCUGGGCCGGCCGGCCGUCAUGAGGAAGCUGAGGUUCAUGGCGGUGCCCAAGAACCAUCAGCAAAUCCGCAACUGAGGGGCAAGCCUGGGGCGCGAGGAGGGCUGGGGGCCGACUGCGCUUCCCUUUUCUGUCCUGUGGAGGGAAACUGGGAGCCUGGCACUGCCCCAACCCCCAAACACAGGCCUUGGGGCACCUCUGCCCUGUGCAC